AUGAGCCGCCGCACGAGCCCCGGGGACGCGGCGUACACGUCGCCGUGGCUCCACGCCCACUACGACAAGCUCGCGAGCAUCAAGACGUCGUCGGCCGGCGUCGCGCUGCUGGAUCUGGACGGGUCCGGCGAGCACGCCCUGCUCUGCGCGGACUACGACGACAAGCUGCGCGUCUUCAAGGGCACGCGCCAGGCGAGCGAGCACCCGCUCGUCGACGUGCCCGUCGCCGUCUGCGGCUUCUACAUGGACGAGAAGAAGCCGCGCGUGCCCGCGGUGGGCGUCGCUUCCGGCCCCCACGUCUUCGUCUACAAGAAUCUGCGGCCCUUCUUCAAGUUCACGGCGCCGCCCGUGGAGCUCGACGCGAAUGAGCACAGCAUCUGGCGGCAGGCCGUCGACGGCGAGGCGGACCCGGCGACGGUGCGCGCGAUGCUCAAGGCGGCCCACGACGACGGCGCCAAGCUCAGCGCGCGGUCGCUGGCCAUGCUGCCCAUGGAGGACGAGGACCAGCUCGCGGCCCACGUCGAGCGCGUCGUCCGCUUCCCGCUGCGCCAGGACACGGUGAUCACGUGCAUGGGCACGAUGCCCAAGAUGGUCGAGGAGCCCGACGCCAUGAGUUCGCUGGUCAUCGGCACGGAGUCGAAGCUCUUGAUCAUCCUCGACCCCUCGGCGACGACCAAGCUCUGCGAGGUCCAGCUGCCGGCCGUGCCGACGACGAUGCGCGUCUCGGGCUGCUUCGACGUCGACUGGCGCAUCAUCGUCGCCUGCCGCGACGCGCGCUUGUACACGGUGUCCAUCGGCGAGCACCGGGGCACGGCCGUGAUCCGGCGCCCCCACAUCGAGCUCGAGACCCAGGUCUGCGGGUUGGUGCGGGUGGAAAAGGCCAUCUACGUCGCGACGGCGGACAGCCAGCUCCACUCCUACCUCCAGAAGGGCCGCAAGACGUUCAGCCUGCGCAUGCCGGCGCCCGUGACGAACCUGGAGCUGCUGACGAUCCGCAAGACGCGGGUCGUCAACGUCGUCCUGGCCGCGCUCGCGACGGGCGAGAUCCGGGGCUACCGCGACAAGGAGCUCGUGGACGUCAUCCGCGUGGGCGAGGUCGUGUCGGCGCUCUGCUGCGGCUCCUACGGCCGCGAGGACAACACGCUCGUGGUCGUCACUAGGAGCGGCGGCCUGCUCGUGAAGAUGCUGCCCCGAUCCGCGGCGUUCGACACGGCCGACCGCGCGGGCGGCCCGCCGCCGGAGCAGGACGUGCCCCUGGCCAUCCCGAAGAAGACGCGCAUGUACCUCGAGCAGACGGACCGCGAGCGGGAGCUCGCGCCGCGCAUGCACCGCCAGUUCCAGAAGGACAUCGUGAAGCUCCAAUUGACCGCGGCCAAGGCCUACGCGGGCCUGCUCAAGAAGGGCGAGCUCGCCGGGGGCGCCGGCGGGUCGCCGGGGGCCAACGGCGACGAGGGCACGGUGGAGCUCAACGCGACGGUGCGCGGCCUGGGGCCCUACUUCCACCUCGUGCUCGAGCUCCGGGCCGUCGGCGCGAGCGCGCUGCUGCAGGUGCCCGUCUGCGUGACCUUCGACGAGAGCACGUACCGCAUGCCCCGGGCGUUGUGCCGCGUGCCCGCGCUCUGCCCCGGCGUCACGAUCCGCGUCAUCUUCGAGAUCGAGUGCAUCGACGAGAACGCGGCGGCCCAGGACGUCACCAUCGUCGUCAUGCCCCCCGUGAAGCCGUCGGAGGAGGUCGCCGAGUCCACGACGGACGUCGCGCCCCUCGUCGCGAGCAAGCUCACCAUGCCCCAGUCCGAGCUCCUCGAGACCUAG